ACUCUGUGCUGAAGAAGCCGAGCAGGAGCUCUCUCCCGGUGUCGGAGCUUUGGUCGUUAGUGUGGGGGAGAUGGACGGCACGUGCGGAGGUGAAGACCUGUUUGACAGCAUCGUGAUGGCGGAUGAACGGUUCCGCGGGGAGGGCUUCCAGGAGGGCUACGAGAAGGGGGCCCGCCGAGGACUGCAGGACGGCCGCAGACAUGGAGCCUGCCACGGGGCCAAGCUGUCCACAGAGAUCUCCUUCUAUUACGGCUUCGCCGUCACGUGGAAAUGUCUCCUCCAGAGACAGAACACCGACAUCAAAUCCAGGAAGCGUAUGAAAGCAUUGGAGUCUCUCUUGGGUUUGAUCCAAAACUCCCCUCAUGACGAUCCACAGUCUGCAAAGCUCCAGGAGGACAUGGAUAAACUUCGUGCCAAGUUCAGACAGGUCUGCUCUAUGCUGAGUGUCCCGACUGACUUCAAGGAUUACAUCAAAACUGCUGCAGGGACUUCUUUCUGAAUCUUUGAUGAUGAUGAUGAGAAGAAGGAGGAAAAGGAGCUGAACUGAUGUCUGCGGCCUGGACAGAGAGAAGCUAAGCUGCUGUUGGACAGCAGUCCUGAUGUCAAUCUCCCAGGGGGCAUCCAAUGAUCGGUUUGCAGUAGAUUUAUUAGAUGGUUUGAGAUGAAUCACAUGUUUCAAGAUCCUCAGUCCUCAUGUACCAUGACUGCAGUCAGUGUGUAAGAUGAUGAAGAGGGGAGACCCUAAUAACAAACCUCUGAACAUGAUUGUUGUCUAGUAUUUGGAUUGUUGGGAGGUUUGACUAAACUGACUAAAUAUCUGAAGCACCCCGUGCAUCUUCUCAGCAGUGGUGGAAAGUAAGUCAUUUCACUUGGUGCUACUUUGUACUCCCCUCCUUGAGUUUUUCUGACAGCUACAGUGGUGGCCAAAAUUAUUAGAAUACUUGGCAUACUUAAGAGGUUUCAGUUGUUUUUGUUGAAUUGGUCAUUAAAAUACCCAUAAAACAAAUGAAAUAUCUACAGUGUUAUCAUUAUACUCUAUAAACCAUAGAAUAGAGCCAUCAUAAGAAAAUUUAGGUCAUUUUACUAAAAAAAAAAAAAAAAAUCUAGGCCUGUGUCUUGAGAUGCAGUCCAAGCACUGUAAAGUCACUUUAGACUGCCAUGAUGCCACCAAUUCACACCAGAUCCAAAAGAGGAGAGGUACAAAAAAGACACUUUCAGACAGGCAAGUGAAUCAUCUCAAAAUUCUCAGUCUUAAGGACUAAAGAAAGACCUCACGAGAACUGUGUGACAAGAUCAACGCCACAAUGACUAAUGGUGCUACAGUGUCUUCAAGAACUGUGUGUCAGAAACUGGGUGAAGAAGGACUUGUUGGCAGAAUAGAAGCAAAAAAAGCAUUACUGAAAGAAGCAGAGUGAAACACCUGAAAUCUGCAAAAGAACACAAGAAAUGGACAAAGGAAGAUUGGCAUAAAGUGUUGUUUGAAGUUUGGCAACAAGUGAAGAGUGUAUGUUGGACGGUGGGGAGGAGGAGAGAUAAAAAAAAGUGUCUCUUGCCAACAGUUAAACACAGAGGGGGUAGUAUUAUGGUGUGGGGCCACUUCAGCCUCAGGAACAGGUGACUUAGUGAAAACUGAUGCAUCAUGGGUAGGAAAGUAUACCACAGCAUUCUGGUGAGACACAGAAUAGCAUCUGGGAGUUAUCUUAUUAGGCCUGGAUUUAUUUUCCAAAGGGUUCUUCUAACUAUUGUCUGAACCACCUGUGACAGAAGGAAUCUGCUGAAACAUUGGAAAUGAUGGACUGGCUCCCUCAGAGUCUGGACCUCAAGCCCAUAGAGACAAUUUGGGGCGAGUUGGAAAAUAAACUGGAUAGAUCUGUUGUAGAUUGAAAGGAAAGGCUUGAGUUGCAGAAGGCACGGGAUAACAUUAGUGUUGAAGUUCUCAGGAAAUAUAUUGACACAAUGCCAGAGAGAUGUGCUGCUUUAACUGCUGCAAAAGGUGGACAUACUAAAUAUUCAAGUUAAAAGUGGAUCAAAUCAGUAGGACUGGCUUCAUUUGAUAUUUGUUGUGCUAAGAGUAAGCUCUGCAUGUUUCAUGAACAUUAUAUAAUGAACACUCCCAAAAAUGACCCUCCAGUUGAACCAACACACACUAAACGCUGUCACCUUUACAAAGGAGAUUUAUUACAGCAUUUCAUUCAUCUCGAAGUACGUUAUACACCUCACACAGAUACAAUGCGGAUGAAAUGAACGCCACCUCCACCAGCCACAACAAGAAAAAGUAACAGAAUUCUAUUUUCAUUCUACAUAAAGAACACAGUAUUGUUAUUGCCGUCAUAUCGUGCUCAUCUGGUUUAAUAAAAUGAAAAUCUGAAUG